AUGGGCGAGAAAUCUACACCUCUUCUUGCUGUUUUACAGUUGUUAAAAAAAUACAAUUUAAAGGGCACUGAGGAAAUUCUAAGAAAAGAAGCUAACUUAGGGGAUACAGAUUUUGAUGGUUUGGAUUUACAAGAAGUUGAAAUAGCAAGUAUUCUAUCUGCACAUCACACUGAAAGUGACCCAUUCACUUAUGAGCAUGCCUAUGAUACGUUAAAAAAAUUUGUAGAAAAUUCAAUGGAUAUUUGUAAGUAUGAACUAUCCACACUUUUAUAUCCUGUAUUUGUACACAUGUAUUUAUCUCUGAUACUGUAUGAUCAUCAUGAGCAUGCUUCAAAAUAUUUGGAAAAAUUUGGUGCAGAACAAGAAGAAUUUUAUCAGGACGAUUUAAAACAAUUAUCUAAUGUCAAAUCUAAGGAGAAAAUUAAAGGAAAUGAAAUUGCAGAGAUUUAUAGCACAAACAAAUUUGAAGUUCAGUUGUCCAGAGAUGCUUCAUCUCAGCUAAAGAGAUUUCUGCAAGAACAAAAAAGUUCUCCUGUUAUUAUUAACAUUAUUAAUAAUCACAUACAGAUAGAUGUGCAUGAUGGUCCUGGCAGAACCCAGGCUCAGGUUAGAUCAACGGCUGGAGGACUACUCGGAGAGGCCUCUAGAAAUGAAAAUCGAACUAAAGUAUAUUAUGGGCUACUGAAAGAGCCUUUCAUAGAAGUACUAGCUACAACUCCGCCUGAAGAUGAAGAGGAAGUUGAAGAGACACCUGAUAAACCCAAAAAGAAGAAGGCAAAAAAGGAUCAUUUCCUAAUGAAGAAACCAAAAGUGGACCCUAAUGCUCCUCCAACCGACAGGAUACCUUUGCCAGAAUUAAAAGAAACAGACAAAAUGGAGAAGGGGAAAGCUCUUCGGGAGGCAUCAAAACGUGUGCAGUUAGGGCCUGAGACUCUGCCCUCUAUAUGCUUUUACACUCUACUAAAUAGUGGUCAUACUGCAUUAUGUGCUGACAUUUGCGAUGAUUCCACAUUGAUGGCAGUUGGAUUCAGCAACUCCAUUGUAAAGGUAUGGACACUCACAACAGUGAGACUUCGUGGUAUGAAAUCGGUUGACAAAUUGCAAGAUAUAGACAGAGAAGCAGGUGAUGUUCUCGUAAGAAUGAUGGAAGAAAAAGAUCGAGACACUUGUCGCACACUUUUUGGACAUUCUGGUCCUGUUUAUAAGGUUGGAUUUGAUCCGUUUAAGAAUCUGCUGUUGUCCUGUUCUGAAGACGCUACAGUGCGUUUAUGGUCCCUGCAAUGCUGGACGUGCCUUGUCGUAUACCGAGGUCACAUGUGGCCGGUAUGGGAUGUGAAGUGGUCUCCGCACGGCCACUAUUUCGUAUCCAGUGGCCACGAUCGCACAGCUCGUUUGUGGGCCACUGAACAUCAUCAACCACUUAGAAUAUUCGCUGGACACCUCUCAGACGUUGAUUGCGUUCAGUUCCACCCGAAUUCUAAUUAUGUUGCGACUGGUUCAAGCGAUCGUACUGUUCGCUUGUGGGACUGCUUGACGGGAGCACAAGUUCGGACUAUGACAGGACAUAAACGUACUAUUUUUACAUUGUCGUUUUCUGUCUGCGGCCGAUGGCUGGCGUCUGGUGGCGGCGGUGGAGAAAUAAUAAUUUGGGAUAUUUCGACUGGUGCACCAACAGCUGCUCUUCCCCUGUUUCAUAAUGCCCCAAUAACAACACUUGCCUUUAGUCGGGAUGGAGCUCUUUUAUCAUCAGGUUCAUUGGAUUGUACCAUAAAGCUAUGGGACUUCGUAGCUAUUUCAGAUGACAGUGCAAAUGAUGAAAACAACUCCAAUACUUCACCAACUAAGGAAGAAAAAUUCUUGUUGCGGUCAUUUGCCACCAAAAAUUCGCCUUUAAAAAAUUUACAUUUCACUCGACGUAACCUUCUAUUAGCUGUAGGUUCAUAUGAUGGAAGUUCGUAA